AUGGGAGGACAGUUCUGGAGGAAAAGGUUCCUGGUGUUGGCCUGUGACGGAUUGUGGAAGUCCUUCGGAAACGAGGAAGUGAUCAAAUACGUGCAUGAGUUGCUAGCGAAAGCGGUAAAGGGAAUGGAGGAACGAGAGAUUUGGCAACAAAUGGCCGAGGAUCUGGCGGCUGAGGCCGUACGAAGAAGAUGUGGCGAUAAUGUAAAAUUCCGCUUAGACUAUAGUGAUCGGAAAGCUGGCGCAUUGGCUGUUGUCUCCCGCGAAGCUCCGCUCACUCAAGCCCAGGCUAUAUAA